AUGGUAGAUCUCACGCACUCCAGAUCUGAUGACGAAAAUCGGGACCCUCCUCCACCAUACGAGUCUAUCCCAGUAAGGCAUUUGGGAGAUCAUCAAACGGCUACCUGCGGAGAGCUCCCAUGCCCCACGGCGGCUGUGCCGGAGCUACAAUCAACUAACGAUGGCCGUGUGGAUGUGCGAGUCGGGUCCCGCUUCAGCCGCAACCUUGAAUACCUUCUGAUUGAUCAACCACAUGAUUCAUCAUCAUCGGCGCCAGACCUUCCGUUGCAGUCAUCGACAACUGGUCCUGGCUUCGAGUUUGACUUAAACAUCAACAUUGUCAUCCAGGUGGUUGGCAGCCGCGGUGAUGUCCAGCCCUUCGUGGCUCUGGGGUCCGAGUUACGCAAGCAUGGCCACCGCGUGCGUUUAGCAACACAUGCUAUCUUCGAAUCGCUGGUCACCGACGCCGGGUUAGAAUUCUUCUCAAUUGGUGGUGACCCAGUCGAGCUGAUGUCCUACAUGGUACGUCAUCCCGGGUUGAUUCCCAGCAUGGAAAGUCUGCGAGCAGGCGACAUACAGAAGAAGCGUGCAUCCAUCACGGAAAUCCUCAAUGGCUGCUGGCGUUCCUGUCUGGAACCGGACCAGCGUGAUAAAGUGCCGUUCGUGGCAGACGCUAUCAUUGCAAAUCCGCCGAGUUUUGCCCAUAUCCAUUGUGCGCAAGCGCUUGGGGUUCCUGUUCAUCUUAUGUUUACCAUGCCCUGGACUGGGACAAGGUCAUUUCCACAUCCCUUGGCGAACCUGAAGUAUGAUGGAGCUGACCCAUCUAUCGGGAACUUAAUCUCAUAUCACUUUGUUGAGUGGUUGACAUGGCAAGGACUUGGAGAUCUCAUUAAUGUUUGGCGGAAAGAUGUUUUGGAUUUAGAUUGCAUUCCUGCCACAGAAGGUCCGAACCUGGCGGAAACACUCCAGGUGCCUUUCACAUACUGCUGGUCAUCAGCAUUGAUCCCCAAACCCCAAGACUGGGGCUCACAUAUUGAUGUGUGUGGGUUCUUCUUCCGUGAGUCAAUAGUGUAUGAACCACCGACAGAGCUCGAGACAUUUCUUCGGUCCGGGCCACCACCAAUAUACAUUGGUUUUGGAAGCAUCGUUCUCGAUGACACAGAACAGACCCUGAACAUAUUGAUGGACGCUACAGAGCGGACUGGGGUCCGUGCUAUAAUAGCUAAAGGGUGGUGUCAGAUGCAAGGUGCACAGUCACCCAACAUCCACUAUAUUGACGACUGUCCGCAUGAGUGGCUUUUUGAACGCGUCGCCGCCGUUGUGCAUCACGGAGGCGCGGGUACGACAGCUUGUGGCCUGCGGAAUGGUAAACCGACCGUUAUAAUACCCUUCUUUGGAGACCAGCCAUUCUGGGGAAGCAUGGUUGAGGCCACAGGUGCUGGCCCGAAGCCAAUCCCUUAUAAAACUUUAACAGCAGAGAACUUGACACACGCCAUCGAGUUCUGUUUAGAACCAAGCACUGCGGCUGUGGCUCAAAGUAUAGGCAACAAGAUAAACCAGGAGAAUGGCGUACGGGCAGCAGUGGACUCUUUCCAUGCACACCUACCUCGUCGAGACAUGGCAUGUGAUCUGAUACCCGGGGAACCCGCAGUUUGGAAGUUCAAAAAGGGUCGGCGGACAGUCAAAAUCUCAAAAAUAGCAGCGUUCGCCUUGAGAGAUCAGGGACGAUUGCACGAAAAACACCUCAAACGUUAUCAAACCAAGCCACUAAGUAUCGAGGUCCAGCGAUGGGAGCCAGUCACCGCCAUAUCAUCAGCUACCUUAUCGACAGUCGCAGGCAUGGCGGAUGCCGGUGCGGGGAUUUUCACCGACCCGUAUAGAGAGUAUCAACGUCUUCAAAGAGCCACUGAGAUCACCGGUGUGUCAUCAACAGCGACAGACGACUCUUGUGAAACAGCGGCACAUUCAGAUGCCGUCAGUGCCGCCAGUGCCGCCACCACCGCUAAUGCCGCUCCGAGCGAUAAGCGCUUGGCAAAGCAGAUGGCACUUGCCUCGGCUAUCAGCCUUGCCAAGUUCUUAGCAAGAUCAUCGCGCGGUGCCUUUGUCGAGAUCCCUUUAGCCGCAACGGAGGGAAUGCGAGCCGUUCCUCGCUUCUAUGGCGACAAGGUCCACAAAAAUGCGCCUGUGCAAGACUGGAGAAGCGGGAUGACUGUUGCGUGGUCUGGAUUUACCCAUGGUUUGUACGAAGGCUUCACUGACAUCUUCGUCCAUACGUACCGUGGGAAAAAGAAGCGCGGGGCUCUUGGAGUAGCUGGAGGGUUGAGCAAGGGGUUGGUCAGCUUGGCGGUUAAAACAGGGUCGGCUACCAUUGGCCUCGUCGCGUAUCCUAACCAGGGUAUCUAUCGAUCGCUACGGACUGCAAUGCACAAAGGAGCGGCAGAACGGAUAGAUGAAGCAAGAUGGGCAGAGGUGUGGCUGCUUGAUACGGAGAGGGCUGCACGGGUGGAUGUAGCUGCUUUGUGCUCGCGGUAUGAUGAUAUCUUGUCUACGCGAGACAGUGCGCUCCAUUUGUGGCGCCCUUGA